GAUAGGAUAGGAUAAGCCGGGAAGAGUGACGUGUUUCUAAACCAAUGGUGCGCUCUCACUGUUCGUUGUGUGACCAGUAAGAAGCUGGGGCGGGCAUUCUUUGAUGUUGUUCCAAAAUGGCGUAUGCAGUUUCUUCGCUGGAGGAAUAUUGAGUGAAAAACACCGUGAUUUUGCUUAAAAAAAAAGGAACCGAAUUUAAAUUUGCGUGUUUUUGUGUGUGUGGGUGUAAGUCUCCGAAAUAAGUCUCAGAAAAUGAAAGGCAAAGAGCGGUCGCCGGCGAAAAAACGCUCAAGGGCCUUGGAUGAUAUCCGAGACAGGGGAGGAAGCCACCCGACCAGCAAGAAAAUGGCCCUUUCUGUGUCCGGCGGUAACAACGGCAACAGCUCGGCAAAAAGCGAAGGGAGUUCGACCAGGAGGAGCCUGCUUGGCGAUAAAAGGGGAGAAAGUCGGGAUUUCGAGAGGCACACCGCGGGCAGCACUAGCAGCAACCACAGCUAUGCCACGCUCGCAAGUUCCAGCAGCAAGAACCACAAUAACAAUUUAAACCCGGAGCCCGCUAGGAUUAACACUCGCGGGGAGCCUCGACCGCCGCCGCCUCCGCCUCUCAACAACGAAAGUGAGUACAAGACUCUUAAAAUAAGCGAGCUGGGCUCCCAGCUGAGCGACGAAGAGAUAGAAGACGGCCUUUUUCACGAGUUUAAGAAAUUUGGGGACGUGAGUGUUAAAAUUAGCCGGAUUAGCGACGAGAGGGUGGCAUUUGUGAAUUUCAGGAGGCCCGAGGAUGCCAGGGCGGCUAAGCACGCAAGGGGGAGACUAGUGCUGUACGAUCGCCCUCUGAAAAUUGAGGCCGUGCAUAUGAACAGGAGGAGAAGCCGCUCCCCUAUUGAAAAGGACGCUUAUGCGGUGCUAGCAGGGCGGCACCCACACGUUCAGAGACCUUUGUCCCCCACUGGACUGGGAUACAGAGACUACAGGCUGCAGCAGCUUGCCUUGGGGCGUCUCCCUCCUCCCCCACCGCCCCCCCUGCCUAGAGAUUUGCAGAGGGUAAGGGAAUAUGCCUUUUUCGACGCCCGGGCGCGCCCAGCUUACAAUCGGACUGCUUUCCGGGAAGAGGAAGUCCUUUCCCCCGAAGAUGAUGAAAGAGCUAACAGGACUUUGUUUCUUGGGAACCUGGAUAUCACUGCCACGCAGAACGACCUGAGGAGGGCCUUUGACAGGUUCGGGGUGGUCACUGAAGUGGACAUUAAGAGACCCACCCCAGGCCAGAGCAGCACCUAUGGUUUUCUCAAGUAUGAGAACCUGGACAUGGCUCACCGUGCCAUGAUCGCAAUGUCUGGCAAGGUGAUCUGCCGGAAACCCAUCAAGAUCGGCUACGGCAAAGCCACCCCCAGCACUCGCCUCUGGGUGGGGGGCUUAGGGCCCUGGGUUCCCUUGGCAGCUCUUGCCAGGGAGUUUGACCGUUUUGGCACCAUAAGAACUAUUGACUACAGAAAGGGGGACACCUGGGCCUACAUUCAGUAUGAAAGUCUGGAUGCUGCCCAGGCAGCUUGCAGCCACAUGAGAGGCUUCGCUUUGGGGGGCCCGGAUCGCAGGCUCAGAGUGGAUUUUGCAGACACGGAGCAGAGAUACCAGCAGCAGUACCUGCAGCCCCUGCCUUUGCCUCACUAUGACUUGGUGGCAGAAAGUUUUGUUCACCGUGCAGUGCCAGAGCCGUUAAGGGCCAGGGAAAGGACUCCCCCACCUUUGCACUUCAGAGAGAGGGAGCUGUACCCAGCUCCCGAAUGGGCAGCUCCCCCAGUCAGAGACCGAGUGAGAGCAGGCUACGAUCCGCUAGAACACCUGGACAGGGAACGCAGGCCGCGAGAGAGCUGGUCCCUGGACCGGGAAAGAGAGCUACAGAACCGGGAACAAACCCGAAAGCGCCGGCUGUUGGAGGAAAGCCGAAUCCUGGAACGCUCCCCAGACAGCACCGAGCGUGCCAGGAGGCGCCACUGCCUUUCCUUGGAGCGCAGUCCAGGGGAGAGCAGCAGAGAUGGCGGCCGUUUCAGUGACUCCGAGCGGCCCCUCAGAGACAGGCGCUCCAGCUUAGAAAAGGGCCAAGGUGACAAACGAGGAGGAGAGCGGCUAAAAAACGCCGGCCUCUCCGACGCUGGCAUCGGGGGUGGUGGAGAGAGGGAGCGCAAACGCAAGUUGGGCGACGCCUGCAAGAGCCCGGUCAAGAAAGAUGAGAGAUUAGAAAUCAGCUCCUCCAAGCCCUCCCUGCAGCAGAAGCAGGAAGGCAGCCAGAAACUCACCCUGGCCUGGCAAGGCAUGCUCCUCCUGAAAAACAGCAACUUCCCUUCCAACAUGCACCUCCUGGAUGGAGACCUCAACGUGGCCACCAGCCUGCUGAUCGACGGCUCCACGGGAGGCAAGGUGGCUCAGCUGAAGAUCACCCAGCGCCUGCGUCUGGACCAGCCCAAGCUCGACGAGGUCACACGCCGCAUCAAGGCUGCGGGACCCAGCGGCUACUCCGUCCUCCUCGCAGUGCCGGGGGACGAUGGCACUUCCGAGUCGGAUCAAGCUUCAUCCACCCAGAGGCCCCUGAAGAACCUGGUGUCUUACUUGAAACAAAAGCAGGCUGCCGGAGUCAUCAGCCUGCCCAUCGGAGGCAGCAAAGACAAGGACAACGCUGGAGUCCUCCACGCUUUCCCUCCCUGCGAUUUCUCUCAACAGUUCUUGGAUUCCUCCGCAAAAGAGCUUGCCAAAACAGAAGAGGACUACCUAGUGAUGAUCAUAGUGCGUGGGGCGUCCUAAAAUUUUGUAAGGUUCUAAAUCAACAGCACUGCAUGCAUGCGCCUGGUUUUGUAUUAUGGGAUACAUCAAUGUAUUAAGUUUGGGCUUUGACAACACAUUUUGCCAAACAAAAUUAUUUUAGCAAAAAAAAAUAAAUAACAGAAUCCACAAAUGCAGUUCUUUGGGUCCAAAAAACGUAACUUUAUCAAAAGGUUUGCAAGCCUGUCUUGCAUUAUCAGAGCUGUUCCUUUUAGUUUAAUAUUUUAAUAUUUUUUUUUUUAAACAGAUUUACUUGUUUGUGUUCUGUAUACUGUUCCAAUCCAUAUACAGGUGUACAGGCUCGCUAAUAUGAGAGGGGGGAAGGUUCCAAGAAGGCAAGCUUGCUAAGAAAAAAAAAUACAUUGAUUUACUGGAUUCAAAUUUUAUAGGGGUGUAAAAAAUAAAUGGCACUGCUGUGUAAUUCAGUAGGCCUAUAUGAGCCCACAGUAUGUGCUGUACAGUGAGCUUGGUUGCAUUUAAUUCAAAUGAUUAAAUACAUAAACCAAUUUGUAUGACAUGCUGAGCAGCCAGCAGCAGGGCACAUGAAAAGCUCUUGGUCUUGUUUUUCCAUUGCCUGUAAUUGGAGUAACCAGAUCGGAUACCUCUCGGUUUCUUUACAAUUGGCUAUUGAUAAAACAAGCAGCUGUUUCAGUUGCCUGAAUUACAGCUGUGGGUGUCCAGGGUCACAUUUUCACAGUGUGUUACGGAGAAUCCACACUUACUGUGUAAGAAGACCGAUAGCAAUUCCCUCAAGGCUGCUCAGCUGUACUCCACUGUAGUGUGCAUCCCUGUGAUUUCUUUGAACAGAUGUGGGUAAACUGCGGCUGCCUUUCUGUGUCUUUUCCCCUCUGUGCUGUUUAGUGUUUGCCUGUCGCUGAUCAGAUUCAAGGUUUGCAUUGCAAAAGCUCGAAUUGCCUUCUACUGCUGAAGGGCAGAAUAUGUUUUGGGUUCUGUUAAAUGUAAAAUAAUUAUUUGAAGGCACGAAUGUGGCUCUUUGGGAUUGAUAGAUACUUCAAGUAAAUGCAAACCUUGGGAUCUGAUGAAUAUCUUCUGAUGGACAUGUUCGUUAUUAUCAAUGUGCUAACAUGGUGCUUUUGUUUUUUAUUUUAAGGUACCGUCUUGUGUUUUUAUAUUAAUAACAAAUUCCGUAUCCCAUAAUGCAAAAUCCAACAGUAACCAUGUUGACUUCAAAAAAAAAAAAAAAAAAAAAAAAAAUUCUCCAAAGCUGAAUGUUUAUGCUUGCAUUAAUCAUAAAUAAUAGUAGGGGUUUAGUGUUGAUUAAACUCUUGCCUUAUACUUGGUAGGAGUUUAGUACUAUAAUUUCCUUUUUUAGAAACACAAGUACAGUCCAGUUAUUGGUUUAUAUAACAAAGGUGGAAAUUCUAAAUGCAGAAAUGUUGUUUUGUGUUAUUAGUGUGUAGAUGACAGUAGAGUACAGAUAUUUGGUUACUGUAUAAAAGCACUUUUACUGUUGUGCAAAAAAAAAAAAAAAAAAGUUAAUGUGAGGUUGUUUAGCCA